AUUACACGCUUGCAUAAAACAUGCAUUUGGGAUGUGGUACCCUGGACACAACCUAAGCAGCAAACAGCCAAUGUUUCUCUGCGAGACAAAAAUGGUAAUUCAGUAUUACAACCAGAUGAGAUGGCAAAAAUAUUGCAAGAACAGUUCACACCAUCAGGAGGAAAGCCUGUUGACCAUUCAAUCAUAGAUGAGAUGCCAGACAUGCCUGCCCAGGACAUGCCACUAAUUUCUGACAUGCUGCUGGUUGAGGCACUUGCUCAAGCCAGUAACUUCUCUCCACCAGGCUCAGAUCAUGUUGACUGGUUCUGG